AUGGUGGCUCAGUUCAACCAGUUCAUCAACGGCUCCAAAGAGCCUGACACGCGUAUCUACCGUAGUUGCAGUCACGUGAAAGCCGCGCCUGGCUACGAAUGCAUCAACCGAGUGGGCGCAUCUAAACUGAAGAUGCGCUACUGCCUUUGUACUGAUGAACUUUGCAAUUCUUCGCCGCCACGCAAUGUCGCUACCGUCGGCAGUUUUCUCAUGCUGGCCGCAGUCACGGUGACUGGACUAAGAUAUCAGAAUACAUUUUGA